AUGGCUGCCUCAUCGUCCUCUUCAUCAGCUGGUGGAGUGAGCGGAAGUUCUGUCACUGGGUCCGGAUUUAGUGUUUCAGACCUGGCACCCCCACGAAAAGCACUCUUCACUUGCCCUAAAGCGGCUGGAGACAUGCUAGAAGCAGAUGGCUCAGAAAGAUUCCUGUGCGAGUCCGUAUUCAGCUAUCAAGUUGCAUCAACUUUAAAGCAGGUGAAGCAUGAUCAGCAAGUGAGUCGAAUGGAGAAGCUGGCUGGGUUAGUAGAAGAACUGGAGGCAGAUGAAUGGAGAUACACACCCAUAGAGCAGCUCCUGGGCUUCACCCCAUCUUCAGGAGGAAAGUGA